UUUUGAUGUUUAUUUAUAUGUGUUUAUUAUAAAUGUAAGAGAUGGAUCACCAAUGUGGCUGUAACUGUGCACAUAGCGCAAACAAAUCAGUAUGUCAAACUUUAUCAGAGAUGGAUUGGGAGAGGGGCUUGUGGAAUGCAGCUUUCAAUGGUGAGAUUGACAGAGUUGAGCAUUUAAUUAACAAAGCAAGGAACCCGAAAGAAGCAGUGAAUGCACCUGAUAAUAGUGGAUACACAGCACUGCACUAUGCGGCACGUAAAGGACAUGUGGAUGUUUGCAAGAUGCUUCUUAUGAAUGGAGCAGAUGUCAACGCUAAUACAAAGAGUGGAAAAGCUACACCGUUACAUAAAGCAGCAGCUGCAGGGAAGGUAGCAGCAGUCAAAAUUUUGAUCCAGGCUGGUGCAGACAUUAAAAUGCAGGAUGUGGAUGGUGAGACUGCCCUCCACAAAGCCGCUGCCAAUAAGAACAUGGAAGUAUUUCAACUCUUGUUGGAAAUUUGCCCUCACCUCGCCCAAGUUGAGGAUUCCAAAGGGGAAACAGCAGUUUGUCCAUCUGCUAGGAUAUGAAAAAUUGCCAUUUUAUUUAUUUAUAGUUAGAAGUAGUGGUUUUUUUUAUAAUUUUAUCUCAAUCAACAAUUUAUUUGCUAUGUUUACGAAUUGAUAUCUAUGCAAUUCGGAUUUGUGUUAUAGGUGUAAACUAAAAAUUUUAUUUAUAUUUACUAAUGUUAUUUUUAUUGUUAAUUUGUUUCCAAGCAUUCCUUUGCUUUUAAUAAGCUUUUAUUCAUUUAUUUUAGUUUUAGAAAAUGUUAAGUAAUAUAUUGGUGCCUAUUGGGGCACACACAAACUUAACCUAAUUUUAGUUAUACAGCUCUUAAACUAGUGCCGUCCUUUACUUACAACAAGUGCAAGAAAAAGAUAGAGCUAGUUUUAGUCCUGUCCAGUUAAGUCGCUGGUUGCCCGAAUCGGCACCAGUAUACGUUAGAAAAUGUAAGUUUUACAACACAUUUUAUCAUUGUGAAAAUUCGUAGAUGUAAAACUAUCUCUCAAGUAAAUGUCAUGUCAUCACUGACAAAAAAGUAUUUUAAGGAUUUUAUUAACAUACACAGUAUUUUACUCACCCUGUAUUUGUAGACAAGUGUAUACCUAAUAUAAUAACUGUUCAUAUCAUCUUAUAUAGGUUUGACUACAUAGUUCCUUGCAUUUACAAUAGUUACACUGGAAUAUGAACCUUCAAGUUGUUUAUAAAUAAGUAUUUAUUGUGUGCACUGCUGUGUGAACUUUACAUAUUGAUUUUUUCUUAAGAAUGAGGAAGUGAUUAAAUGUUAUUUUAUGUUGUGCUAUAUGUGUGGAUAGGUAAAAUACAUGUUAGAAUAUAUAUGAAGUUUGUUUACUUUUUAGUAGAAAGUGAGAACAAAACUUUUUAUUAAAUAUUAAUCACAUUAUAGAAAUUAUAUAAAUUCUACUAUUGAAGUUUUCACUAUUGCAUUGUUCGUCUAUACAGCUGAACUUUUUCUAGAUAUUGCAAAGUAUAUCAUGAUGUUAACAUGAUUUAUUAUUAUACAUUGUUGUAGGGGUAUUUAGAUACCACUAUAAUUUUUUACUAAACAAAACAUUAUUUCAAUACAUUGUGGUCAGGUCUAUAGAUAGUCUGUCAUAGGUUUUGUAAUCAAAAAAUAUUUUAUAUUUUUCACUGUACACCUUUGUACUAUUUAUGUAUCAUUUACUAAUAAAAUAUUUGAUAACAGAA